GCCAUCUUCCAUUUUCUAGUCGGCACCCAUCUGGACCAGACGUGAUUGACUUCGGAGGGAGCGGACGAGGGCUCCCGCUGAUUUUCGGCGUCACAUUUUCCUCUACUAUUUACAAAUUGAUUUUCCGCCCUCAUCUCAAUCCAAGUGGAAGAAUUUGCUUCGUUAUAACACGGAUCAGGAAGCUGUGACGGCUGUGGUUUGAGGAAAGGAACAUGGCUUCCCAGGCUGAUUUGAUGGAGCUGGACAUGGCCAUGGAGCCAGAUCGGAAGGCGGCGGUCAGCCACUGGCAGCAACAGUCCUACCUGGAUUCAGGCAUCCAUUCCGGGGCCACCACCACAGCCCCGUCCCUCAGCGGCAAAGGAAAUCCCGAAGACGACGACCUCGACAACAACCAGGUCAUGUAUGAGUGGGAGCAGGGCUUCAACCAGAAUUUCUCCCAAGAUCAAGUCCAAGACCUGGAUGGUCAAUAUGCCAUGACCCGUGCCCAGCGAGUGCGUGCGGCAAUGUUCCCGGAGACCCUGGAGGAGGGCAUGCAGAUUCCUUCCACGCAAUACGACACGGCAAAUCCUACCAAUGUCCAGAGACUAGCGGAGCCUUCCCAAAUGCUCAAGCACGCCGUGGUCAAUCUGAUCAACUACCAGGACGACGCCGAGCUGGCAACCAGAGCCAUACCGGAGCUCACCAAAUUGCUAAACGACGAGGACCAGGUUGUGGUGAACAAAGCGGCGGUGAUGGUACACCAGCUAUCGAAAAAAGAAGCUUCCCGCCACGCCAUCAUGCGCUCCCCUCAGAUGGUGUCAGCCAUAGUCAGGACAAUGCAGAACACAAACGACGUGGAGACGGCUCGCUGCACCGCGGGGACUCUCCACAACCUUUCUCAUCACAGAGAGGGGCUGCUGGCUAUCUUCAAGUCUGGAGGAAUCCCAGCGCUUGUCAAAAUGCUUGGUUCACCAGUGGACUCUGUCCUCUUCUAUGCCAUCACCACCCUCCACAACCUCCUCCUGCACCAGGAAGGAGCUAAGAUGGCGGUUCGUUUGGCCGGCGGGCUUCAGAAAAUGGUGGCCCUGCUCAACAAGACAAACGUCAAGUUCCUAGCCAUCACCACAGAUUGUCUCCAAAUCUUGGCCUAUGGAAACCAAGAAAGCAAGUUAAUAAUCCUGGCCAGUGGGGGGCCCCAAGCACUGGUGAACAUCAUGAGGACUUACACCUACGAGAAGUUGUUGUGGACCACAAGUCGAGUACUCAAAGUCCUGUCGGUGUGCUCCAGCAACAAACCUGCCAUUGUAGAAGCUGGAGGAAUGCAGGCUCUGGGACUCCACCUGACCGACCCAAGCCAGAGACUGGUCCAGAACUGUCUCUGGACUCUCAGGAACUUAUCGGAUGCUGCCACUAAACAGGAGGGAAUGGAGGGUCUAUUGGGGACCCUGGUGCAACUCCUUGGUAGCGACGACAUCAAUGUGGUGACCUGUGCGGCCGGCAUCCUGUCCAACCUGACUUGCAACAACUACAAGAACAAGAUGAUGGUCUGCCAGGUGGGCGGUAUCGAGGCUCUGGUUCGCACUGUGCUUCGGGCCGGGGACAGGGAGGAUAUCACAGAACCGGCCAUCUGCGCCCUGCGUCACCUCACGUCGCGACACCAGGAUGCCGAGAUGGCCCAGAACGCAGUCAGGCUGCAUUAUGGCCUGCCAGUCGUGGUCAAAUUGUUGCAUCCGCCGUCACAUUGGCCACUCAUUAAGGCGACAGUGGGUCUGAUCCGUAAUCUGGCGCUGUGCCCUGCCAACCACGCGCCUUUGAGGGAGCAGGGAGCCAUUCCCAGACUGGUUCAGCUGCUGGUCCGAGCGCACCAGGACACGCAGAGACGCACCAGCAUGGGUGGCACUCAGCAGCAGUUUGUGGAGGGAGUUCGCAUGGAGGAGAUCGUGGAGGGUUGCACCGGAGCCCUUCACAUCCUGGCCAGAGAUGUCCACAACAGAAUAGUCGUCCGAGGGCUGAACACAAUUCCGCUCUUUGUACAGCUGUUGUAUUCUCCCAUCGAGAACAUCCAGCGUGUGGCAGCGGGCGUCCUGUGCGAACUGGCUCAGGACAAAGAAGCCGCUGAGGCCAUCGAGGCGGAGGGAGCCACCGCCCCGCUCACAGAGCUCUUGCACAGUCGCAACGAAGGCGUCGCCACGUACGCAGCAGCGGUUCUCUUCCGUAUGUCAGAGGACAAACCUCAAGACUACAAGAAACGCCUCUCAGUCGAGCUCACCAGCUCACUCUUCAGGACGGAACCAAUGGCCUGGAACGAAACUGCAGAGCUUGGUCUGGACAUCGGCGCUCAGGGAGAGCCUCUGGCCUACAGGCAAGAAGACCCAAGCUACCGUUCCUUCCACUCGGCAGCUUACGGCGCAGACUCGAUGGGCAUGGAGCCCAUGAUGGAGCAUGAUUUGGGCGGGGGCCACCACCCCGGUCAGGACUACCCUGCGGUAGAGGGGCUUCCUGACCUGGGACACUCCCAGGAACUGAUUGAAGGCCUCCCACCUGGUGACUCCAACCAACUGGCCUGGUUUGACACAGACUUGUAAAUACCAAGACCAACAUAACUCAACACUUCCUACUAGCUGUAUUAUGUGAUCUGGAUGAACCUGCAUCUUGAUUCUCCCACAUGGAGGAGGCGGGGUUUAGAAAGUGCCUGACGAUGACCCAUCCUGUCUAUAGGGGCUCCAUUGGGACAAAGUUCGCUUCUGGUUUUAACCAGAGGAUGGUCGGUUGACUUGAAAUCCUGAUGCCACACAUGGAUUUGGAUCUCAGUUUUGUUUUUUGAAAUACCCUUUUUAUGUACUUUUCCAUUUUUAUUCUUUGUUUUUACAUUUAGCCCUGAAAUCUGUAAUGGUACAAAAUGCUUUUAGCUAGCUUGUUUUCAUUGAUUUCCAUGAUUCAAAGUUAGACUCAUUUGUUUUGUUUGCAGUUUUAUCUUUUCUUUUCUUUUUUUUGGUCUCGGGUAGUGUUUUUGGUGAUAAUGCUCCAUCCAAGUAAUGUACAUGACCACAUUUUAAAUGGUGUCCAAAACACUAGAGUAAAUCAUUUGCAUUGUAACAUUGUGUAGCUUUUGUAUAAAACAUUGGAAGUUGUGGUCCAAAUAUCGAGCUAUUUUCUUGCUUUAAAGGUGGACACUAAGGUGUCUCUGCUAUUCCAAAGGGGGUGUAGCUGGCCUAGCUGACGGAGGGAGGGAGGGAGGGAGGGCUGUUAUUAGUCUGUUACAAAAA